ACAACUUGCUUGUACGGCUGUUUUCAAUUUGCGUUGCUUAUGCGAAUAUGUCUAAUCCACCCAAGUGGGUAUGAUAUACUCACAUACCUAAGAGGUAUGUUGUUAACGUCUAGUAACAGCCUCAUGGAAAUAAGUGACGCCGGCAGAGCGCUACCGCUCUCCGCAUCUACCUAGGUAAGAGCCGAUACAUUUCCCCGCGCUGGGGGGAUUCGCGUCGGGAUCCACCAGGGGGGAAUCGUUCGAGCUGUUCGAUUUCCAUACGUACUACUUUCCAUACAACGGACAGUCUCGGUUUCAGGAGUCGCGAUCUUUGGGAAUGUCUUACCGCGUUCUCGGGUCAAAUUAAUUACGAUCGCUUUUAUAUGAGGCCGGUUCGAGAUAGAUGAACUGGUGGAUCUGGGGAGGAUUCACUAUAACCUGAAAAAUUCUUGGCUGAGUGAGAGCUAGGACUUGGCAUUUGUUAGCUAAGCUCAUCGGCUGUUGUACUUUGAAAUAUUUCUUAAGAUUUUUUAAGAUUUUUUUGGAAAAGGAUAGCUUGUAUAUACCUGUAUUGGCAACUGAAUUAUCGCCGAGAAUGACGUCGACGGAGAAGCAAGACGCCCAGCACGGCGAGUUCCGGAAAUUCCUCCCGGACCUGGACACGCCGCGGUUCCAUGCUAUCGCGAAGAACGAUGCGUACGGCCAUGCUAAGGAGUUGCUGGAGCAUCACAGGCCGCCGUGGCUGUAUGGGUUAUACGUACACUGGCGGAAGUUGUUCGAGGAGCCGUUCAAGGGCGUGACGAAUGAUGGCACCGUCCGCCCCUCCCUCUUCCCAAUCCGCGACGAAGGCAUCCCCAUCGCCUCCAUCGUCGCCGCCGCCCACGCCAUAACCUCGCAGCUCAGCCCCGCGCAAGCCGCAAAGACAACGCUGCACAUCGACUCGCCCGAGUGGCGCACGUGGUCGAACCCGGAGUUCCUGCUGAGCGACAAGGGCAUCCGCCUCGAGUCCCUCACCCCUCCGCUGCGGACCUCCGUCCUCGCGCUCCUCGAAGCGACGCUGAGUCCCGAGGGGUACGCCAAGGCGCUCGCCGCGAUGCGGAUUAACCAUUUUCUAGGCGAGUUGGUGAACGCGCCGAGGGUGAUGAAUGAGCAUAGUUAUAACUUCGUGCUGUUCGGGACGCCGGCGGUAGAUAAGCCGUGGGGGUUUAGUUUUUACGGACAUCAUCUUUGUUUGAGUGUUUUCUUAUAUAAGACGCAGAUUGUGGUGAGCCCGUGGUUUACGGGCGCGGAGCCGAAUUGCAUUGAUGAGGGCCCGUGGAAGGGGACGAGGAUUCUGCAUGAGGAGGAGAGGUUGGGGUUGUUGCUUAUGCAGAGUUUGGGUGAGGGGGAGAGGGAGAAGGCGAGGACGUAUGUGAAGAUGAAGGAUGAGAAGAUGCCGAAGGGGAGGUGGAAUCAUGAUGACCAGAGACACCUGUGCGGCGCGUAUAGGGAUAACCGCGUCGUGCCUUACGAAGGCGUCGUCGUGGCCUCGCUGGGCGCGGAGCAGAGGGAGCUUGUGAGGAAGAUACUGGGACAGUAUUUAUUGUAUCUGCCGGAGAAGUCGCGCGAGCUCAAGCUGGAGGAUUGCGAGGAAUGGUUCGGCGAGACGUAUUUCAGCUGGAUCGGCGGGUACGCCGACGACGACCCGUUUUACUAUCGGAUACAGAGCCCCGUCGUCAUCGUCGAGUUCGAUCACCACUCCGGCGUAUUUCUGGCCAAUUCGGAGCCAGCUAAGUUUCACAUACAUACGUUGCUGCGGACGCCGAAUGCGGGCGAUUAUGGGUUUGCGCUGAGGAGGCAGAUCGGGGCUAGUGUUGCGCAGGAGUAUGUGUGGGAGGGCUAACUUGGGUGAGUGUGUCUGCUGCUGGCUAGCUAAAGCAGAGUUGGAUAUUGUAUAUGCUUCACUUCAACAUGUGUGCAUACCUUACAUAGUCACGAUAGCGUUGGCGAUGUAUAAACCCUAGUACAGGAACUAUGUCUGUUUUCGGUGUCGCUUUUGACAUCAUGGGCGCGAUGGCUUCGGCUGUCGGUUAGCUGAACUAAGUCCUCAUAGAAUCUAAAACAUCGUAACUUCAAAUUUUGGUGGUUGAACCACAUUAGCAUGUCAACAUCCCGAGAAAUUCUGCAUUUACUUAAGUCCCACAUAAAUUUCGUGUGUUUCCGUUGUUGCGCUAUACAUAUCUCGACCUUUCUCAACUCUUCAUUUAGGCUUGGGAGCAUCUAAUGAAGACAUAUCACCCAACAAUAUCGUCGUUGUAUCCGAUUUCUCGCUUAUAAAAGUAACAAUCCAUAGCCAGUAAACCCUACGCGAUUCAACAAUUACUAAGUCCAAGCAUCAAGCAUCAAGCAUCAAAACCCACAAUCACAAGCCAAAAACCCACAACCUUCAACCCAUGCCCCUUUCCCC